CCCUCUUUUCCCUUUAUCCCCGCCCACCUUGGCACGGACUGUUUGCAUGUAAAAAAAAAGAAAAAAACAGACAAAAGUCACGCAAAACUCAAUUAUGUCAAGAAAACAAUACACAAAACGGUCGACAUUACAAUAGAAAUUGGAAGAAGGGUGUUUGAAAAAAGAAUAGUUGCGCGAUUGGAAAGGGGCAUAUGUGUCAAUUGUAACAGUAGAUGGACUGGUUCCUGAGCUGAAGAAACUGGGAGAAAAGUUUGGCAAAAAGUUUGAGGCUUUUUUUCUCUGUGCAUGGAUGGAAGGCUAACACUAACAAAUGCAGGGGAAAGUCCAGCAGAGGUCAGAAUGCUGUGCUUGCUUGCUUGCAUGGAUUGUUGUUUAAUUAUCUCUAUUCUACGGUAAGCACUUUUUUUUUUGUUUGGAAGUGUAUGAAGAAAACAGAAGAUGGGGGAUUAAAGCUAACGCUUUAUGGAUUACAAUGAAAGAAAAGACUGGAUCAAUUAAAUAAAAUAAAAAAAUUGGGAAAAACGCCGAUAAAAGGACAUACAAUGGCGGGAGUGGAGCCGGAGAAAAAGGUGACUGUGUAUCGAAGCGUUUCUUUCAAAAAACUGGAAAGCUGGAGCGCAAAUAAAACGAGUCUGACUUCAGAGAAUCAACAACACAAAUCAGAAGUUUUACCAAGCUGCGCCCAUCCCCCUACAGCAACAGCAGCAGAAAAAGUGCAGCCCUUGGCUACGCGUUCUGUUAGUGUGUCAAGAAAAGUUUCCAAAAUCUCCGCCGCUAGCAUUUCAACCACAGGUUUUAAGAAAAGCACUCCUCAUUGCAUUUCGCCUUCAGUACGCCAGCUUUCUGAGCGCUUUACUGGUAUAGGAAGAGAAAGGACGGGCACAUUAGCUGCUACCAGCAUUAGUACGACAGUUGCUGGGGUCCCGAAAUACACAAUUCAGCAAAGAAAUACAUCUUGUAAUGAGGGACUACCUUCACAGAAGCAGCAGGAGGGGAAAGCAGCUUUGCCGGUCUCUGGUGAAGAUUUAUUAGAGACUCCUGUGUGCAAAGCUCAGGAACAACAGCAUUCCAUUUGUGAUUCCAUUACAACCCCGGGGAUUGAACAAGUUCAAAGUGAGAUUGCUGCUACAAGAACUGCAGCUUUAACCACCGCAGACGCAGGUAAGAAAGACUCUUUGCAAACUACUUUCAUUGGGGCUGUAAACACAGAAGACGAUGUUUUUGUUGCUGGGACUCCUGGUUGCAAGCCGCAAGCAAACACUACUUCAACAGCAGACUGUACCUGUGCUGAAAUGACAUACUGGCCAAGUGUUACAAAAAUGCGCAAAUUGUUUGGAGACGGCCAUAGGAAACAGCACAGGUCUACUUCAGACGCUGAUGAUCUGAAGUCUGUGAGUCAGCAAGCUGCUAUUUUAAAAGAGAGUGGGCUUACAGAUAUAAAAGAGACACCACCAAAACAUUGGCAGGCAGCUGACCAUGAUAGUAGCUUGUGCUGCAUGGAUACAAAACAAACAUUUUUAAGUAGUAAGGAGGCAAGACAUUUGGAGGUGGACACCGCUACCAUCCCCCUUUACAAUGCAGUUCACCGCAGCAGCAGCCAGCAGGCACCUGAAGGAUACAGAACUAGGAGUCCUGACAUGAAUGUAGAUAAUUGGACUGGAAAGUUAAACAGUGACCCAAAGCCCCCUCCCCCAACACCACCGCCCAGGAGCAGCUCUGUUCCGUUUUCCCUGAAAAUGCACUCGCUUUCCUUUGGUCUGCAACACAAACAAGAGGCAAGACAGCAAUCGGAUAGUUUACAUUCUUUGCAUAGCUCUUCCAAACCACCCCCUGCCCCCUCUGUUCCUGCCAGCAGUAAAGUUAGCUCCAGUGAGGAGGAGGAUUCCUACAGCAAAGGCAGCUUCCCGUUUCUGUACGGUAGUGUUAACAAGAAUGGCUCCCGGGCCAGGUCCCUCGGGAGGUCUUCUGGCAGCGAGGAGGACAGCUCACUGCCAGUAGCCCACAACAGGGACAACAUUAGGCGGAGAUCCCUCAGGAAAAAGAAGAAGAAUGUGUUGGGGAGCAGAGAUAACGGGGAGUCUGAUGAUAGCGAUGAUGGACCAGUGAUGGAGCCCUUAGAGAGACGCCAGCGCCCCUAUGACUUGGACUAUUUGCCAUGCAAAGAUAGUGAGGGAUCCAGAUCCAGGUACAAUGCCACUGUGGGGGCAGACCAUGCCACUUCUUUUACCUCACCUCCUUGGGACCACAGACCUUGCCCCUCCCUGGAAAGCAGUUACCCCUCCCAACGUUCUGGAGAUGCUGAGAGCUAUAAAAGGCAUCACAGGGUUGUGUCAGAAGGUGGGAUCAGCCCUGCAGGUUCUUUCCAUGGAUCUUCAAGGGGCUCACCCAUCCCAGGGGUCUCCCGCAUUGCCAAAGUCAGUAUUCCUUCAUUUUUGGACAGCCCAUGUGGUUCUAGAAGCAGCAGCAGGCAUUCUAGCACAGAGACGCUUAAAGAAGAAGACCAGCCUACCACCUGCUCCGCUGUAACUACUUCUAAAAGCUUCCAUGGCAAUUUUACCUUGUACCGCUCUCCCAGCUUCAGCCACUGUGACAAUAUUUCCAGACCCCAUGGGCGAGUUCGUCCGAAUCUGCCGUUUGGUAAUGUUCAAGUCAAACCUGACUGUUCAGCAGAAAGCAGAAGCCACCACCGUCACGCACUUGUAAGUGACAAGUCGAAGCACAGGAUGUCCAUGUCGAAUCCUGACAUUGCAUCAGAGACAAUGACAUUGCUUAGUUUCCUCAAAACCGACCUGUCAGAGCUGAGAGUGCGAAAAAAAGGCAGAGGUGUUGACGCAAGUGGUGGCAACCAUCGAGACAGUUAUCAGAACAUGUUAGCUCAUUCACCAGCGUAUAGAACCAGGGGGACCCCAAAGAGCUCUUAUCACCUGUCCCCUCACGGUCGCCCGUCUCUUAAAGACCUGACAGCCACACUAAGACGGGCCAAGUCGUUUACUUAUUCUGAAAAGCCAGUGGGGAGACCAGAUGGGGGAACAGUGAAGCCGAGCUCCUCUGAGCUGAUGCUGUCCAGCAUGGGGGACAGUGAUGCUGCCGUAUCAGACAGGGAAGUGGAGAGUGAUGUGGGUCAAAGAGAUGAUGACACGCUGACCUACCAAACACAGGACCAGUAUAUCCAAGAAGCCAGGCAAGUGUUCAAAGAUAUUAGCCAGAUGGGGACUCGGGAGGAGUAUAGCUAUGGAAUGGAUUACAUGGAAGGUGAAUGUUUCAGAGGGAUGGAGGAAGCUGACGGACAGCCGCAGGAGGAGAUUGGUGCAGCAUUUUUGGUGGAAAAAAGAGAAAGUGAGAAAUGCUUAAGGAAAGGGGAAUCUGAAGAAAACUUGUCCUGUGGGAAAUCGGUAGAUGAGCUGUCUGGCCACGAGUCAAGUUUGACAGAUGAAGGAAUCGUGACUGAGCCCGAGACGGGUCCGUGUGGCAGUGCUUUGGGCAAGGACAUUUUGGGGCAGCCGUUGACAGUGUGGAAACAGCCCAGCAGUGCCCUUCAAAGAGAGGACCAGGCUGAUCUACAACCUGGAGGAAGCCCCCCUCCAUCCGUGCCAGCAGUCAGGACAGACAAUGAGAACAUGGCAAUAGGAGGGGAGACAACUUACAGCAAAAAUGCGAGCCAAGGGCCACUGGAAGCACCUUCAACCCCAAGUGCAAUUCGUAGAAGAAGGACAUUUUCAUCUGCAGGCAACAAUGGCUCAGAUUCCAGUAAUGGAAGCAACGGGGAAUCAAGUGGGGAAACUUUCAGGUCCCUUAGCGACCCCAUGCCACACAGGAGGUGCUUAAUCUCAGAAGAUAACAAGAACUUUUCAGUGGACAGCAACUUAUUGGGUUCUCUGAACUCCAAGAAUGGAAUCCCUGAAUUUUCUGCAACUGAUUUGUCUGAGUGCACAGGGAGUGCAGCCAGCGACCUGUCUGUUUGUAGCGAUGGGCUGAAGGAUUACAAUACAGUAAUUCAGAGCAUCGUUAGCGAGCCAGGGGCCAUGGAUAAGCUGAUUGAUGACAAGGGCAAUGGGAAGGUGGUCAAGAAGAAAUCUUUCAGCGAUCCCAGUCGCCGCGGGGAGUCGGACACUCCUGGAUUUAAAGGCCCAAGCGAGCCCAUCAACGAAAUGGAGCAAGCCAUUCUGCCAUCCAGCAGUGAACCCAUUCUCUCAGAACAGCGGGACGAGGUGGGAGAGCUGGAGGAGCUUGGCAGACAAGACAGGAAACCUUGCUCCCAAUCUGAACAUGUGCUGCCCUCGUACCUGGAACAGGAUGCACUGGAAGGGGCCCCUGGAUUUGCUUUCGACCCAAAGCUGGCCGAAGUCCUGUCACCCCGCAUGAUGAGACGCAGCUACAAGAAGCGCAACAACCGCUCCACGCAUCAGGAGGGCAAAGAGCAGCAGCAGCAGCAAUCAACUGAAACUGGGCACCAUCAACCCGUCAAGCCCAGGCCUGCAUCCAAGCAUGUGAGGCAUGCUAGUGAACCUGCCACCUUUAUCCCCAUCGUGACCCCCGAAUCCCACUUGUCUCAAAGCCAUCCAAUUCACAUAACUGCCCCUGAACCUUCUAGGCAACCCCAGAAACCACUCCACAUCGUCCAGGCUCCAUCUUUGGAGGACGUUACCAAACAGUACAUGUUGGCGCUGAAUUCUGGCGACUCGCCUCUGCCUGCUGCCACGGAUGCAUCAAGGUCUACACCUGUCACUCCAACUACAGCAGAGCCUAAGUUACUGCAGAAGCCCAGCGAAGAACUGAACCCCGCAGCCAGCAAAAGCAAGCCCCAAGUGGAUAUGAGAAAGCAUGUUAUGAUGACUCUGCUCGACACAGAACAGUCCUACGUGGAGUCGCUACGCACUUUAAUUCAGGGAUACAUGAGGCCUCUGAAGCAGCCAGAGAACUCGUUCAUAUGCGACCCCUCUCUGGUGGAUGAGAUGUUCUUCCAGAUCCCAGAGAUCCUGGAGCACCACGAGCAGUUCCUGGAGCAGGUCCUGGUGUGCGUCCAUGACUGGCAUGCCAAGCAGAAAGUGGGGGACCUGCUCACCGAGUCGUUUUCAAAGGAUAUACUUGUGAAUAUUUAUUCAGCGUACAUCGAUAACUUCCUGAAUGCCAAAGAUGCUGUGAGGAUAGCCAAGGAGGCCAAACCUGCGUUUCUGAAGUUUUUAGAGCAAUGCACAAGAGAGAACAAGGAGAAGCAAGCCCUCGCAGACUUAAUGAUCAAGCCAGUCCAGAGGAUUCCUCGCUACGAGCUUCUCGUCAAGGACCUUUUGAAGCACACUCCUGAGGACCACCCAGACCAUCCCUUCCUGUUGGACGCACAGAAGAAUAUCAAGCGACUGGCGGAGAGGAUCAACAAGGGGAGAAAGAACGCAGAGGAAGUCGAGAGGGAGACUCGAGUGCUGCAGGAGAUCGAGUCCCACGUUGAAGGGAUAGAGAAUCUUUUGAAUCCUCAAAGGAAGUUUCUAAGACAGGAGAUGGUUGUGGAAGUGAAGGCUGUAGGCGGUAAAAAGGACCGGUCGCUAUUCCUCUUCACUGACUUGCUGAUUUGUACAACGCUGAAGCGAAAGUCAGGAUCUCUUCGCCGCAGCUCUGUGAGCCUCUAUAAUGCUGCAAAUGUUAUAGACACAUCGAGCAAAUACAAGUCUCUCUGGAAACUGCCUUUAGAAGACGUGGAAAUAGUAAAAGGCACUUCCCAGGCGACGAACCGGGAGAACAUUCAGAAGACUAUAGGACGUCUAGAUGAGGAUCUCAGCACAUUGGGGCAGAUCAGCAAGCUGUCUGAGACACUCAGCUUCCCCCAUCAGAGCCUGGAUGAUGUCAUCAAGGACCUGAUGGCCGCAGUGCAUCGUGACCUGGCAGAGAAGCAGUCGCUCUCCUUCAGCAUGACCUUCCCGCCCACCAAAGUGGAGCUGACAACCGCCUCGCUCGAGGGGAGCUUCGUAUUUGAGUUCAGCGCACCGGACACGCGCAGCAACUUCGAGCAGGCCUUUGAGGAUGCUAAGAAGAAACUGGCAAUGAACAAAGAUCACUGGGACCCAGAGUUUCUGAAGGCUAUUCCCAUCAUGAAAACAAGAAGCGGAAUGCAGUUCUCCUGCGCGUCCCCCAGUCACAGCUGCCCUGAGAACACCUACGAGGUGUGGGUGUGUAACAGUGACGGCUACGUGGGUCAGGUCUGCCUCCUGAACAUCAAGAACGAGCCCACCGUGGAGGCCUGCAUCGCUGUGUGUUCAGCCCGCAUCAUCUGCAUUGCCGCCGUGCCGGGCCUCAAAGGCAGGGAGCGCGGGGAAUCCCUGCUGAGCCCCCCCUCCUCGGAGCCUAACCCCAACCCCCCCUCCUCGGAGCCACAGCUCCACAUCUCGAUCUCGGGGUCCUCCCUGGACCUGGCAGAGCCCCCCGACGGGGCGGGCCGGGAGCUGGUACCCUUCGAUAGUGACGACACGGAUGAUGAGUCCUCGCCAAGCCCCUCCUCCACACUGCAGAGUCAGGCCAGCCGCUCCACCAUCUCCUCCAGCUUUGGCAAUGAGGAAACAGCCAGCUCCAAAGAAAUGGCGGCAGAGACGACAAGCUCGGAGGAGGAGCAGGAGUUCCCGGCCAUCCCCAGCUCGUACGGUCAAUCGUGCCUUAACAACGAGAGCCCCAUGGACGGACGGGCAAUGAGACGGUCAAGCCGGGGAUCCUUCACCCGAGGCAGCCUGGAGGACCUUUUGAGCAUCGAUCCUGAGGCCUACCAGAGCUCAGUGUGGCUGGGCACCGAGGACGGCUGCAUCCAUGUGUAUCAGUCAUCUGACAACAUCCGAAACAGGAAGAACAGUAUGAAGAUGCAGCACUCCGCAUCCGUGUUGUGUGUCUUGUACCUUGACAACAAGGUGUUUGUAUCUCUGGCAAACGGUGAAAUGAUUGUCUAUCAAAGGGAAGCAGGAAGUUUCUGGGAUCCCCAAAACUCCCAGACGUUGUGUCUGGGGACCCCUGGGAACCCAGUCACCAAGAUGGUGCCAGUGGCAGGGAAGCUGUGGUGCGGCUGUCAAAACCGGGUCCUCAUCAUUAACACAGCCACACUCUCACAGGAGCACAUGUUCCAGAUUGGGCAGGACAGUUCCCGUUGUGUGACGAGCAUGGUGAGCUAUGGCCUGGGUGUAUGGAUAGCCAUCCAGGGUAGCGCUCAGGUGAGACUCUACCACGCUGCCACCUACGAGACCCUCACUGAGGUGGACGUGGCCCCCGCUGUGCACAAAAUGCUGGCAGGUUCAGAUGCCAUAAUCCGUCAGCACAAAGCCGCUUGCUUACGCAUCACAGCACUCCUGGCCUGUAAAGACCUGCUGUGGAUCGGGACAAGUGCUGGUGUGGUGUUAACACUGUCCAUUCCACCCAUGUCCACCAACACCAGCUCCCAGCGCACCCCUCUGGUACCUAUGGGCUCCGCGCACGGACACACCGGCCACGUGCGCUUCCUCACCUCCAUUGAGCUGCCUGAGGACUUCGAUGAGGCCUUCCCACUGCCCAGAGAGCACGGUAAUUCCACCCUGGCUAGUGAGAGCCCUGCCGGGCUGCAGCAGCGAGACUCCACGAGGCGCAGGGCCUCCACCGUCAUCCAGUCCAAAUCCAACUUGCUGGUGAUCAGCGGGGGUGAUGGCUAUGAAGACUUCCGGCUCACCAGCAGCAGUGAGACUGUGGGGCGCGACGACAGCACAAACCAUCUCCUCCUGUGGAGGGUUUGAUCCUCGCCACCGUCCUCUAAUACUACUUGCUCACCAGCGACCCUGCGAAAAGUGCCAGUCGUUGUUACAUGCACCGCUGCUGACCAACGGCUGAUUGUCGUUGUCCCCCUGUGUGUGUGUGUCAGUUAUUUUUUAUUUUUUUGAGUUGUCGUUUACUCGGACGUCUUGUCUGUACAUGCAUGGGUGUUUUUGAACACUAAAAGGGUCGCUUCAAAGCGCUGUUUUAACGUUGUUUGGUGUAAGAAUUAAACCUCGCACAGCUCGCGUUGUGUCCGGCUGUGUCUUCAUGUUGCACCAUUUGAGCUUCACAGGCAGGAGGAGGACACUGAAGACAGAUGAUGAUUUAUGAUAAAUAAUUAAAUGGAGUCUCUCCGCUUAUUGUCUGAACUCUCCACUGGAAUCGAGGAGAAAAGAAAAAGAAAGUCGUGCAAUCGGUACAUUAGUGACAUUCACCAAACGUAUUUGGUCAGCCUUACGGUACUAGAAAUCACACAGCUACUGGGUGCAUUCUGGCCUGUUUGUUUGGGUCACGUUAUCACCACGUGGGUUUAUAAGUGGAAAAAGCUCUUAGUUCUGUGCUAUCUUAAAGUGUUGGUUCCAGGAUUGUGGAAGCAGACUUGAUGCACAAAGGAGAUUUGGUUUCUAACCAGAGAGUGGAUCGCAGGCUGUGAGAAGCACAUGAGUGGCAUGAAAGAAAGCAUGAAAAGCUGCAAUCACGCUUCGGAUUAUCAUUAUUAUUAUUAUUAUUAUUUUUUUUUAACCUACACUCAUUUUUCUAGGGCUGCAUUGGCAAUACACAAUGAGCAUUUUAAUUUUGUGUUAACUACUGUUUCGUGCUUGGUUGUGUCAGAUUGUGACUUUUAUUUUCUCUUCGAAGGAAGACAUUUCUUUUUUUUAUUUGAUUUUUUUUAAACUGAAGAGAGCGUGCAAAAUUUAACAAAUGUGCAAUAUGUGGCCACGGUACCUGAAAAGUAACUUGUUAACAUGUUUAUUAUAAUUAUAUUUUUUUUAUUUUUUUUUUGCUACAUAACUACAUGCACUAAGAUUAGCUUGUGCCUCUCUUCAAACUUCAGAACCACAAUUUUCAUACUGCCACAUAAUCACUUUAUUUUAUUGGUGUGUGUGUGUGUGUGUUUUUAUUUGAUGUUUUUGUUAAAGGCCGCAGUACUAGACAAAGCUUAUCUUUCUGGUUUGUGGUGCUUUUAUUGGUCCUCUAUGUACAGUAUUUAUGUUUCAUUUUAUACUAGUUAUCUUUUACAGCACUUAAUUUAUGCAUUUAUCUUUCCCUUAGCGCUAGACACAGAUGAGGAAACAGGUGGCUGGUUAGAUUUUUUUCAGAGCAGCUUGCAGCUGUAGUAACUGCCUGCACCACCACAUGUAAAAUCUCUUCAGUUCCAUUGCGAACACUGUUCCAUUACAUACAAACGAUGGAAAUGAGGAUAUGUGAACCAUGCAAAAUCACAACUGUGGGUUAAAUAUACAGUCUAAACUCUAUGAUAGAGUUUAUCUCGCAAAGGAUACUUAGCAAAACAAUCUAAAAUGAGUACAGGGUGGAUUUUUUACCACAAAAGCUGUGGCCAUGUGGCUUUAUUAUGUGUUUAAUCAGUUCAUUUCCCUGAAAUUCAAAUGACUGUCAAGGAUCUUAAAGGGGGUGCUGACCGAGGUUUUAAAAUCCAUUUUAUUAGCACAGGCAGUGUUAUCACUAGCCCCCGUUUUGGUUGUUUGCAUGUUUUGUAUUCCACAAUUAGGGAAAUGCCGAUAUUUCAAAGACAAGGCUGCAGAUAGAAAGUUCCUGCUGCUCACAUAAACUCACUCCAGUGGUCUAGCUGCAGCCAUGACCUACCGCCAAAGUACCAGGAUACACUAGUUUAUCUAUAGCAUUGGAUUUUCAUAUCCUGAAGUAACGUUAAAAUAAUAAUAAUAAAAUAAAACAGAAAAAGUGAAGAACCGAAAUAUUCUCUGGACAAUUAAAGGCGUGUGUAAUAAAGUUAAUGUAGCUAACAGGAAGUACAGAUAUGGAUUUUAAACCAUUGGUUAGCACUUCUUGAAAGGGAAUAUCAAAUCUAGAUUUUCUGCACAUGUCUAUGUGCUUUAUCAACACAGCCUCUUAAAAAAGACUUGCAGGUGGUAAAAAGGGGGGAAACAAUCUACUUCUGUUUGCAAAAUAUCUUCCCUAUGGACAUUUUCUUUUUUUUUUUUUUAACUUAGCUGUAUGGUCACUAGUAGUUUGUCUUCCACCCUCAAAGGGCUAGAUGGCUGUUUUACUUUUCUGCUGCCCUUUGUCAAAAGACUAAUGGAUCUCAAUUUUACAGUAGAAAGCUGCUUGGCAAAUUGUCUUUAAGCGAGAAAACACAACAGGAAACCAGAAAUUAAGGGAGUAAUAGUUGUGGAUCCACUGUGCAUGGUAUGUUACAUGGUUAUCUUAUGUUAAAACAGCUUUAAAAAAACAGCAUAUUUUUCUGUGAAAUACUUUACCCCAUUUCAGAAUUAAAUCAUUCUGAAUCUUGUACAGAUUUCAAAUUAGAGAUGUUUUCACAUUGGUUUAAAUUAAGAAAUUGUUUUCCUGCCCUAAUGCAAUGAGUUCACUUCCUGUUUUACCUGUAAUAUGACCUAACCUGCUGCCCAUUAGAGGUCAGAUGGGAUUAUAUUUCCUGUAACACAGGAAGCAGAUGUAUAGCACUGUGGAAGAUUAAACAUGCCUCUUUGUAUGCUGGUAGAAAUUGGUGAUUUUGAAGGACAGUAAAAAUCACAGAGGAAGCGAUGAGCAGAAAAUGUGGCUUUGAUUUGAUUUUUCAGAGAAGCAUUGUAAUUAAGUAACAAUAACAAGUGAUUUAAGCCACAAGUACCCUUUUUUGCCCAUCUACUGGUAAAACACUUACACGGUUAAAACAAAGAGCUCCACAAUGAUCAGGAGAGUAGUUAAUUUGAUAGCUGCCUGCCGGCUGACGCUCCUAUGAUAGCAGUAAGUAACAGUGCUUCUACAACCAAAAUUACAUGUGUGUGUGUGUUGUGGCGAAUAAUAAGAACAAAUUAAGUGAGAUAAUGUGUUUCCAAAGUGCAUGGAAACUAUAUAUCUUCAGUUCACACUCCACACCCAUUCGGCACUCGGUACUGUAUGAGAGGUAAUGUGCAUUGCAUUUUAAAGCAGCCUGGUGUUAAACACCUUGUGACUUAAUUUUAAAGGGUUUUACAUCAUUGAAAAGAAGAGGACGGUGUUUGUAGGGUGACGAGGAAGAAGGGGGUUAAUUUGGAGGGGGGGGGGGGAGGAGAAAUAAAAAUGCAGUGCUAAUUAUUUACCACACGAAAAACAAACACAGCUCUUCAAAUCUGAAUAUCAUGCAGAUGGUUAAUUGUUAAUGUUUGCAGAACGCGUGUAGCACUGUCUUUGUAAGUAGCCAUUCCGCCUGUCUGUGUGUGAAAGAAGCCACCUUUGUGUAUUGUAAAUAUUGGUAUAUAUGACCUUUUCUGUACAUACUGUUCCCAAUCUUCAAUUGUUGAUAUGAAUCUAAUGGCAUAUUUUUAUAUACUUGUUUAAGUUUUCUUAGGUACGCCUAUUGUGCCGUUGCAUUUAAAUUAUAACUACUACAGUAUUUUAAAGAAGAAAAAAAAAACUGUCAUAUUACAAAUUCAUGGUUAUCACGUAUUCCUGUUAUGUUUUUGUCACUGUGGGUUCUUUGUAAUUAAAAAAGUUCACUGGUGCCAGACUCCA